AUGGGUGCCUACAAGUACCUCGAGGAGCUGUACAAGAAGAAGCAGAGUGAUGUGCUCCGUUUCCUGCUUCGCGUUCGGUACGUGUGUCGAUCUUUGCCAUGGCUAACAUAUAGUUGCUGGGAGUACCGCCAGCUGAAUGUGGUGCACCGUGCCUCGCGCCCUUCGCGCCCCGACAAGGCUCGCCGCCUUGGCUAUAAGGCCAAGCAGGGCUACGUUAUCUACCGUGUGCGUGUCCGCCGCGGUAACCGCAAGAAGCACGUCUCGAAGGGUGCCACUUACGGUAAGCCUGUGCGUCAGGGUGUGAACCACCUGAAGCCCCAGCGCUCGCUCCGUGCUCUUGCCGAGGAGCGCGUUGGCCGCAAGGUAUCGAACCUCCGUGUUCUGAACUCAUACUGGGUGAACCAGGAUGGUGUUUACAAGUACUUUGAGGUCAUUUGCGUUGACCCUCAGCACAAGGCUAUUCGUCGCGAUGCUCGUAUUAACUGGAUCGCCAAGCCUGUGCACAAGCACCGUGAGUCGCGUGGCCUCACUGCUGCUGGCCACAAGAGCCGUGGCAUCGGCAAGGGUCACCGUUACAACAACACGAUUGGUGGUGGCAAGAACGCCGCCUACCGCAGGCGGCAGACCCUCCAGCUCAGGCGCUACCGUUAA